AUGGAUGAGGAAACGCGAAAUAAAUAUUGUAAUCUCUUAAUGUUUGACAUGUUUCCUAAAUCACACGUCCCCAAUCACGAUCGAUUUAAAGAUGAAUCCAAUUCCUUGAUGCCGUUAAUGAUUGACUGCACCUCAUCUUUAGAGAAUAGCAAGAUUAAGAAAGAUAAUUUUGUUUUCACUUCGUUCGUGGAACCCGUCAAAAUCAACCAAACCCGCACAAAACCCAUGAAAAAUCAAAAAACCUCAAUAUCCACAUCCAUCUCAAACGAAAUAAUUUUUAAUAAUAUUACGAUGACUCAAUGUGAACCAGUUGAGGAAUGUGCGGAUGAUAUGGUUGUUAUUGAUGAAACCACUCGAAAAAUUGAAGCCAAAAGACCACCAAGACCACCGAAUGCAUUCAUCCUGUAUCGAAAAGCAAAACAACCGACGAUUGUCAAAGAACGGGGUCAAAUUUCCAAUAAUGAGAUCUCAAAGAUCCUAGCAACCUUGUGGAAAAACGAGCCCGAAGAGAUCAGGUUGCAUUGGCGGAAAAUCGCGGAUAGAAAAAAAAUGGAACACAUGCAAGCUCACCCGGGGUAUAUUUAUCAACCCAAGAAGAAAGCUGAUUUGAAUAAGAAAAGUCGAAAACGUCGAACAGCGGUUCCUAAAAGGGAAUCGUCCUUGACAUCUCAAAAUGAUUUAAUCGAAUCCUCAGCUUCAAAUGUUAAUUGGGAGCAUAUGACUUUACCAAAUGAAUAUGUUAUAUCACCUCAAACCGUUUCAUGGUCUUAUGAUGAAUCACCAUCGCAUUAUCCCAUCCAAAUAACAUCUCAAUUUCCCAACAUACCAACUUUAUCCGACUACUAUACACAACCUCAAGAAAUGAUUUAUGACUUAGGAGGAGGGUAUAACGUUCAAUAUUCGCAACUUGAACCAAAUUGCUUAAUAUCUGCUAACGAUUCUUUAUUUGCAAAUCCGACAUGGGAAAGUACUACACAACAUAGCGACGGGACAGAUCCAUAUUUUUAUUAUUUUAAUCCUCAAAUUAUCCCCGAAGAACCACAGCCUUAA